AUGCAAAUCAGGCAUCUCAAGUCCAUCAUCCCUGCCGCGGAUCUUCCUUCGCGAAUCACCGCGUUGGCAUGGUCUCCAAACAACCAAAAGCUCGCCGUCGUGGGAAGCGACAAGGUCGUGCAGCUCUUUGACGAGACGGGCGAGCGCAAGGACCGCUUCGCUACCAAGCCAGCCGAUCCAAAGGCCGGCAAGAGCUACUAUGUCUGCGCGAUGGCAUUUUCACCUGACUCGACCAAGCUCGCGAUCGCUCAGUCCGACUGCAUCGUGUUUGUUUACAAGCUGGGCCUCGAGUGGGGUGAGAAAAAGUCCAUCUGCAACAAGCUCAUCCAAACCGCGGAAAUCACCUGUCUGACCUGGCCCAAGGAGCAGCACAAUGCCCUGGUCUUUGGCAUGGCCGAUGGGAAGGUGCGCGUCGGCAAUCUCAAGACCAACAAGGCAGCGACUCUUUACCAGAGCGAGAGCUGUGUCAUCUCUGCGUCCAGCAGCGUCGAUGGCAACGCCAUCAUCACCGGCCAUAUGGACGGCUCCAUCAACCGGUUCUUCUUUGACGACGGCAUAUCGGGUGCCUCUCAGGGCAAGUUUGUUACCCAUCGCUGUCCCCCAAGCGCCCUGGGCUGGGGUGAAAUGGUGGUAGCUGCUGGAACGGACCGAUGCGUCGUCUUCUACGACAACGAAGGCCGUGUUGCUCAGGAGUUUGACUACAGUCGAGAUGACGAAGAGCAAGACUUUACUGUCGCCGAAUUCAGCCCCAGUGGCCAAAGCGUCGUCAUCGGCAGCUUCAACAGGUUCCACAUAUACAACUACCAGAGCUCCAAGGGAACCUGGGAAGAAGCCCCGGUCAAGAUCAUCGAGAACUUUUACACCGUGUCGUCUCUGGCUUGGAAGCCGGACGGCUCCCGACUCGUCGUGGGAAGCAUGUGCGGCGCCGUUGAGCUGUUUGACUGCUGCCUGCGCCGCAGCAAGUACAAGGGCAAGUUUGAGUUCACCUAUGUCUCGCCGAGCCAGGUCAUCGUCAAGCGCCUGUCGACGGGCAGCCGCAUCGUCCUCAAGAGCCACUACGGAUACGAGAUCCAGAAGGUCAACAUCUUCCAAGACCAGUAUCUGAUCGCCAACACACCCGACACGCUGCUCAUGGGGGAUCUCGCAAGCUGCAAACUCAGCGAGAUUCCGUGGCAGGGAAGCUCAAACGAAAAGUUUUACUUUGAGAACCCGCAAGUGUGCAUGGUCUUCAACGCCGGCGAGCUUUCGAUUGUCGAAUAUCCUUUUUGUCGUUGUUGUUGUUACCUCACUUUGGCGUUCCCGACCGGAUGCAUCUGCGCCAAUCCGCGAUCGUUGUUUCCAGCCUUCAUCCUUAACCACUCGACAAGAGGCCGUUUGGAUGCAUCGCUCAGCCCAUCUAACCCGUACUACCAUGGCCAUUAUCAUAACCAUCAUCGCAACCACCCCAGUGUGCGACUGAACGAGCGAAGAUCUGAUGAAGAAGUCAAGCGCAUCGCCUACCUGAUCGACCUGCAGACGAUCCAUAUUCUAGAUCUGACCAACGGACUGAACAUUGCCGACAUCAAUCACAAUGCCAACAUCGAUUGGCUUGAGCUCUCUGGAAAGGCCAACAAGCUCCUCUUUCGAGACAAACGCAGGCAGCUGCAUCUCUACGACAUCAACACCCAGACCCGAACGACUCUUCUGCACUACUGCAGCUAUUGGGUGCCCAACAGCGACGUUGUUUGUGCGCAAAGUCGAUCAAAUCUGUGCAUUUGGUACUCGAUCGACUCGCCUGAGCGAGUGACCAUGUUUCCCAUCAAGGGCGAGGUCGAAGACAUUGAGCGCUCUGCAGGACGAACCGAGGUCAUCGUGGACGAAGGCGUCAACACAGUGUCAUACACUCUGGACGAGGGGCUUAUUGAGUUCGGAAGCGCUCUCGAGGACAAGGACUACGAACGGGCGGUCUUCUUGCUCGAAACCCUGGAGCUGACGCCGGAAACAGAGGCGAUGUGGAAAACACUGAGCACCAUGGCCCUCAAGGACCAGAGACUCCCGAUUGCCGAGAGAUGCUAUGCAGCCCUCGGCGACGUGGCCAAGACACACUAUUUGCACAAGCUCAACAUCCAGAUCGAUGAAUUCAAACUGGAGGGACACAUUGACGAGAUGAUGCACUAUGCUGUGCGAGCUAAACUCGCGAUCCUCGAGAAGCAGUUUAUGGCUGCAGAGCAGAUCUAUCUGGACCAGGAGAAAAUAGAAGAGGCAAUGGAAAUGUACCAAGACAUGCACAAGUGGGAUCUGUCCAUCAAGGUGGCCGAGGCCAAGAACCAUCCAGAGCUGGAGACCCUGAGACGCAACUACUUUUCGUGGCUCUUGGAGUCAAACCAGGAAGACAAAGCUGGCGAGCUCAAGGAAGAAGAAGGCGACUACAUUGCCGCGGCGAAUCUCUAUCUGAAAGGAGGCAUGCCGGCCCGAGCCGCUGUGUUGCUCGCUCAACACAAUCUUUCCUCCAACAUUGAAAUCACGGAGAGAGUCGCCGCCGCCCUCUUCAAAUCUGGGCUAUACGAGAAGGCCGGCGAGCUAUACGAAAAGCUCGGCAGUGCCGACCGAGCCAUCGAUGCAUACAAGAAAGGCAAGGCAUUCCGGGCCGCCGUGGAGCUGUCGCGACUGCUGUUCCCGCAAGAGGUCAUCCACUUGGAAGAGCAAUGGGGAGACCAUCUCGUCUCUCAAAAGCAGAUGGAUGCCGCCAUCAACCACUACAUUGAGGCUGGGUGCUCACUCAAGGCCAUUGAGGCAGCCAUUGCAUCAAAGCAGUGGCGCAAGGCAACGAGCAUCGUCGACUCGCUGCAGCCCAUCGAGAGCGGUCGCCCAUACCUCAUCCAGCUGGCAAAGCACUUUGCCGAGACGCAUGACUAUGCUCUGGCGGAGAAAUACUUUGUCGCCUAUGGCCGUCCUCAGGACGCCGUGGACAUGUAUACCUCUGCUGGAAAGUGGGAAAAGGCUCACGGGCUGGCAACGACGUACAUGUCCGCGGAGGAGGACGCAGAAAAGCUGUACCUGACCGUCGGUGAGCCUGAUCUGGCCAUCAAUAUGUACAAAAACCACAAGCAAUACGAUCAGAUGAUCCGGCUGGUGACUUCGUACCACAAGGAUCUGCUCAUCGAGACGCACCUCUACCUGGCCAAGACUCUCGAGACCGAGGGGAACUUCAAGCAGGCCGAGCACCAUUACAUCGAAGGCAAGGACUGGAAGUCCGCCAUCAACAUGUACUGUGCCAACAACAUGUACGAGGAUGCGUAUCGGAUCGGAAAAGCCUACGGCGGCCCCAACUCGGCCAAACAGGUGGCCUAUCUGUGGGCACGCUCGCUUGGCGGCGAGAGCGCAGUCAAGCUGCUCACCAAGUUUGGGCUGCUCGAUGCAGCCAUUGAUUUUGCAACCGAGAACGGCGCCUUUGACUUUGCCUUUGAGCUCUCGCGCUUUGCCGACAAGUACAAGCUUGCCGAUGUUCACUACAAGCACGCCAUGUUCCUGGAAGACGAGGGCAAGUUCCCGGAGGCGGAGGCAGCCUUUAUCUUGGCCGGCAAGCCCAAGGAAGCCAUACUGAUGUACAUCCACAACGAAAACUGGGAUGCGGCCCUGACGGUGGCUGAGACAUACGAGCCCAACAGCGUCGCAGAGGUGCUGAUCGGGCAGGCCAAGGUCGUGUUUGACAAGAAGGAAUACACCAAGGCCGAGUGCCUGCUGCUGCGUGCCCAGCGGCCAGAUAUCGCCAUCAAGCUCUACAAGGACGCCAACAUGUGGAAGGAGGCCAUCAACUUCACCAAGGAAUACCUGCCCCACAAAGUGGCCGAGAUCCACGACGAGUAUGACCGCUACGUCUCUGGGCAGAACCACUCUGGGCGAGACGAGAUGCUUGCGGCGGCACGCAUGCUCGAGCAGCAGAAGGACUACUCCCGCGCCAUCGACGUGUAUCUCAAGAUGACUCCGAGCCAGACAAACAACAUCGAGUUUCUGGAAGAGCUCUGGGAGAAGGCCGUCGAGCUUGCGAUGAAGUUUGUCCCCGAGCGCGGCCAGGAAGUGGUGGCGGCGGUCGGCAGCCGACUCAUCGAGAUCAAGCGGUACCAGCACGCCGCCGAGUUCUUUGCAGGCGUCGAGCUUUACAAGGAUGCCAUCGACGCUUACGUUAUGGGUGGGCUCUGGGACAAGGCUCGCGCCGUGCUGACGUUGGCGCCAAAGUACUCUGAAUACGUCGAGAAUGCAUAUGUGGCCCAUCUGAAGAAGCAGGGCAAGGCCGAGGUCCUGGUGAACGUCGAUGCGGCGGCAGGAAUCGACCUGUACGCAUCUCGAGGAGAAUGGGACAAGUGCCUUGAAAAGGCAAGCCAGCAGGGAUCCGAUAUCCUGGGCAAGUACUUGAUCACAUAUAGCAUUGCCAUGAUCAAAGAAGGCAAGUUUGAGCAGUGCGUCCAAACCAUCCUCAAGUGGGGCAUCUUCACGACAUCGAGCCACCUGGAUGUCUAUGCCCGUCUCUCGCGCGAGAUCUUUCACCAACGGGCACCAACGGCGGUGGCGUCUCUCAAAGAUCUGCUCUUCAAGCUGAUUCACGGAUCGACGCUGCAGCCUCAGAGCAACCUCAACCCCGAGUUCCACACCUUUCUGUUCAUUGCGCAUCUGCUGAACCUCCGAAACUACUGCUCCAAGAAACGGGAGCUGGCGUAUUUUGUUGCCAAGCAAUCCAUCAGUCUGCUUCGGUACUCUCGCGACAUCCCAGCCGACCGUGCCUUCUUUGAAGCCGGAGAGGCGGCAAAGAGUGCUGGCAUGAAUGCCAUGGCAUUUGUUUGCUGGAACCGAUACAUUGACAUCAGCGAAGCUAUUGAGGAGGGCGACGCCUCGCUUCUAGAGAACGCCGACUUUGAAAACACAGAUGUGCCAUUCGACAUCGAGCUACCGGAGGAGAUUUACCAGGCAAGUGAGUCGAGACGAGAAGAGGUCCGCGACUGGGUUCUGCAAGUCUCUCUGGACCAAAAGACGGCCCAGGAAGUCGACCGCCGCGACUGCGAGGAAUGCAAUGCCAAGUUGUACGAUGCGUCGCUGGUGUGCUACAACUGCCACACAACCCACGAGCCUUGCGUAAUCACAGGAUAUCCUGUCUUGAGAAACAAGGUCAAGUGUCCCACCUGCAACAGGCAUGCCAACAAAGAGGACUGGAACACAUUCGUCAUGGCUGAACGAGUCUGCCCUUGGUGCAUGAGCGCACAAGCACCCAUCUACUUUUCCCACUGA